ACAGAAUAAUAACGAUAGGCCUAUUUUGCUUCAGCGAGGAGCGUGAGCUCAGUGACAUCACCAAACGUGUUCCUUCCAUCCGUCGCUGAGUGGAGCUGCUUCUUCUUCGGCCGAACUGCCAGCAGACCAGGAGACAAAAGCAACAAAGUGAAUCCCCCCUCCAGAUCAGUCAAAUGUGUCAUAUUUAACCGUUUGUUGACCGAAACUCUGUCAACACAUCGCCAGACUUCACCGUAAAGUCGCUGGGCUCGUAGAGAUCUCUGGAAAGAGUCCGGACACAGGUGAGACGUCGUGGUUGUGUUACAACAAAGUGGAACUGUUUCAAGUUAUAAAUGGAGAAGAACAUGCAGAAACCAUAAGGCUGUUGCCAUGGACGUGGACGAUGAUGUUCCCCACAUGAGUGAGGAUCUCUUUACUGAUUCCGAUGGCUCCAUGGAUAGUAAAAGGAGAGAGGCAAAAGGGACCUGCUUAAAAAUUGAGGGGCAGGACGGUUACGUGUUCAAGUCCUACAGCAUGAACCCCCAUGAUACCGUGGAUGCCAUGUUACCUGCUUGCUCCUCAACACUGGAUAAAGACUCCUUCCCUUGUUUUCAUUUAUCAUCUCAGGUUGACAAAGAAUUGGAGUUGGACAAAAUGUGUAACGCUGAUCCAGCUUCCCCCAACACUGACACUGAAGAACAUAUAGAGAGUGACAAAUUUGAAAAUGGAAGCGGAUCAAGUGAGAAUGUGAGAGAUGAUAUUGAGGACACGAAUGGAAUCGAAGAGGAACUGCAAGACGAUGAAAGGUUGGCAUUUGGUAGCUCAAUCGGCCCUUUUUUACCUAGAGAUGUAGAUGAUUAUAGUAGUUUGUUCAGUGGAUACACAAGCACCCUUUACGAUGUUGCAAUGGACGCUGUCACUCAGAGUCUUUUGUCCUCCAUGAGGAGUCAGUCCAAUCCGAGGAAAAAGUCCCCUGCAUGGAAUCAUUUCUGCAUAUCUCCACGUGACAGUACCAAAGCAAUCUGUUUAUAUUGUAUGAAGGAGUUCAGCCGGGGUAAGAAUGAAAAAGACCUCAGUACAAGUUGUUUAAUGAGGCAUGUACGAAGGGCUCACCCCACCGCGCUUUUACAAGAUGGAGGAGACGCGUCCUUUUUUAGCUUGCCAAGCUCAUCUUUCAUACCUCCCUCCCCAGGCUCACCAAAAAAUGGAGACUUGACUAAUAGCAUUCUUCCUUUUUCCUCAAAGAACACUUCACCGUCCACAUCCUCAGCUGAAAGUUCAGACCCCUCACCCAAAGAAGUGUUAAACAAAACGGAACCAAAUCUAGACUCGUAUGCCAAUGCCGACACUGUUUGUAGUGCCCUUUCAUCUUUACAUUCCAAUGAAAGCAACAUUGAAGACAUGUCAUUUGGUGGGCUAGAGCGCCCUCCAGGAACCCCUAAAGGUUCUAGUUCCCGUCGUAGGUCAGCCGUGUGGAAACAUUUCUAUCUGUCACCUACUGACAAUUCCAAAGCAGUGUGUAUCCACUGUAUGAAUGAAUUUAGCAGGGGUAAAAAUGGAAAGGAUCUCGGAACAAGUUGUCUUAUUCGUCACAUGUGGAGGGCCCACAAAGAGGUUGUGAUUGAGGAAAAUGGAUUGGGUGGACACAUCCCCCCACCCCAUACAAACUCACCCUCAGCGUUGUCCCGCACUCCAUUACACGAUUCACUCGAUAUUAAAAAAGAGCCAUCCCUUCUCCUGUGCGCGUCAGAAACCAUAUCAGAUGUAUUGCCCCAAGGCAUGGAGGAAAGUAUUAACAUUAAAGAGGAAUGUGAAGAGGAGAUGCAUUUCUCAAUGCAGGAGCCCUCACUCAAUUUCUUCAAAACUCAGGGGGAUGAUGCACCACUGACUUCUUCAUGUGACCUUUCUGAUGGCCCCAGCCCUAAUCAAGAUCAUUUAGUUUUCCAGCAAAACAAGAAGAUCAUGAAACGGGUGAAAUCCGAGGUGUGGCACCAUUUCAUAGUGUCACCAGUAGACCAGUUAAAAGCACUGUGCCGUUACUGUCCAUGUGUAAUUAGUCGGGGGAAACGGGGCGACUUCGGCACAAGCUGCCUGAUGAGACAUCUUGUGAGACGUCACCCAGAUGUACUGAAAAACCAAAAAAGCACAGAUGACAAGGACUUGCCCCCUUUCCCCUACACCAAUCUCACCACUACAGAUGCGGCUUCAGCCAAAGACACUGACACCCCUGCCAUUGACAAAAAGCCACAGAUCGUUCCCGUUUUUAGUAAAAAGACUUCAAAGCUGUGGAACCAUUUCUCCAUUUCACCUGUUGACCCUACAAAGGUGGUUUGUUUGCACUGUAGCCGUACAAUUAGCAGAGGCAAAAAGACUACAAACCUCGGCACAAGCUGCCUCUAUAGACACAUGCAGAGGUUUCAUAGACAUUUUCUUGAAAGUAACAAUACUCUCUCAGGUAAUGUGCCGUCUGCUGAAAUUCGUAUUAAACAAGAAGUCAUGGACACUCCGGUUUGUCAAACAGAGCAAAACUGCGGGAGGUUCAAUGAGAAUCAUCCGGUUGCCAAAAAAAUCACCAAACUUCUUGCAGAAAUGCUUGCACUUGAUCUUCAGCCAUCAGCUCUGGUAGAAAAUGCCGGGCUUAGCAGACUGCUAGAGUUUCUACAGCCUCAGUAUUCUCUACCACAUUCUUCUCACUUUACCAGCACUGUCAUACCAGAGAUGUAUGAAAAGGUGAAAGGCGCUGUGCAGACCCACUUAAAAGAGGCUGAGGGGGGCAUUGUCCACUUCACAACAGGUGUUUGGGUUAGUAGCCAGACACGAGAAUACUUGACCCUUUCUGCCCACUGGGCAACAUACGAGUCGAACAUCAGACCUCAAGGUCAAGACUUUCACUGUUCUGCUCUCUUAAGUGUCUCACAAAUUGACUGUGAUCAUGAUAUGCAUGACAUCCCAAAGCAGCUUGAAAAUCUGUGGGAUUCCUGGAUCACCUCAUCAGGACUCAAAAAGGGGUUCACGAUAACGGACAACGACACCAUCAGACAUACUUUGGAUGAGCAUGGGCAUGCCACCAUGCAGUGUUUUGCACAUGCUAUAGAUGUCAUGGUAAGCGAAGCCAUAAAAAGCCAGAGAAUGGUUCAGAACCUCUUAAGUUCUGCACGAAAGAUCUGUGAACGUGUGCACCGCUCAGAAAAAGCUAAGGAGAUGUUGACUGAGCUCCAGAAGGCUCACCAGCUUCCAGAGAACCAGUUGGUCCAGGACGUUCCAUCCAAGUGGAAGACCUCUUUAUUCAUGCUGGAGCGGCUGGUGGAACAGAAGAAUGCCAUCGAUGAAAUGUCGAUUGAGUGUAAUUUCAGGGAAAUAAUCAGCUACGACCAGUGGGAGGUUAUGCUGUCGCUCUGCAAUGCACUGAAACCUUUUGAAGUGGCCUGUAGGGAACUGAGCAAUCGCACAGCCACUCUGGGACAAGUGAUACCACUCAUUCAUAUUCUCAACAGAAAAAUAGACCUUCUGUUUGACGAGACUGUGGGCAUAGACACUAUGCUUAGGUCUCUAAAGGAAGCAAUGGUGGCCAGGUUGUCUGCGACGCUGGAUGACCCACGAUACAGCUGGGCAACCAUGCUGGACCCCAGAUACAAGACGUCUUUAUUUACAGAGGAAGAAGCUGAGCGCUGUAAACAAGAUCUGAUCCAGGAGCUGGACAUGUCCAAUUCUACCUCACUUUCAGCAGAGCCUCUCUUGCCCAACGGCUACAAUGAGGUCACUGACUCAUCUAGCGCUUCCCACCCAAACAAGGACCUCUGGUCAAUGGUGACAGACAUGAGACAAGUGAUAAAGACGGAGGAGAGUCAAAAGUCCUCAGAGAUGACAGUGUUGGAGUAUUUGGAGGAAGACAUUUUGGAUCAAAGCUGUGACCCCCUAGACUAUUGGAACCUGAAAAAAUUCCUGUGGCCUGAUCUUGCCAAAGUCGCCGCCCGUUAUGUGGGCUGCCCCCCCAGCAUCGUCCCAGCAGAAACACUCUUCAGCACUGCCAGUUUCAACUGUGCUUCAAAUCAGCCCAGGCCUAUGCUGGAGAACAUGGAGGGUCUGCUGUUCCUUAAAGUCAACCUCCCUUUGAUUUAUUUUCAGUACUGAGCAUUAGCUUGAAAACGUUUGUCAAGAACCAAGUUGCAUAGCUGUGAAAUGGGAGGUGUUACGUUGAGAAAAUUGUAAAUUAUCGAUUUAUACACUGAUUCUUAAUGCAAAGGCCAGAUUGGGUUUUUGUUGUAUGGUGUACUACUGUUCAACACUUUGGAGCUGUUGUGAUGUCUCAGUGAGAAGUGUAUCAGGGAGGGAGGGCUUUUCUAGCUGUCGGGGUCGUUGGUAAUAUGCUUGUUUUCAUUUCUGUCCACUCUCUCCUUGUGCCUUAUCCCAAACUACUUCAGGUCAAAAAACUGUAUAUAUAAUUAGAUUUGUGUGGAUUGCAUCAAGAUCCUUAGUUUUAUUUUUAGUCUUAUUCUGGGGAGGGGCGGGGGGUGUAGAAGGUUUUUUUUUCUCCCCAAGAUGAAAACCUGGCCCAAAACUAAAUGCUAUGACUGAAACCUGUUUUAACAUUAUUUAAUUAUUUUUUUGUGCAUUUGAGGCUCAUGGUACAGUCACUUAGAAAAAGAUGUUUUCAAGAAGACAUGUAUAAUAUUGCUGUAUAUUCUGAAUGCAAGGGUUCUGUGGGGUAAAAAAAUUUCACUUUAAGCACAAUUUUAGUUUGUUGGGGGGUUUAAAUUAUGGGUUUGUUAUUGAUUGAUACAGUGUACUGUACAUUUUUAUAUAAAAAUGAUUUCUGAACUUGAUUUGAUAAAUGUUUAGCAUUGGAACUGGAUAAUGAAAACUUUGUGGUCAUUUGUAAAUAAAGGUUUUCCUUUUGCGA